AUGAACGUAUUGGUGUGUCCGUCUGGAUUCAAGGGGAGUAUUGACCCUCAAACCGCGGCCAACUGCAUCGAGGCGGGUAUCAUGCGCGCUUUGCCGUCUGCCAAGAUACGCAAAGUACCACUCGCAGAUGGCGGCGAGGGUUUUGCACACGCCCUAGUUGCUGCUACUGGUGGGCACAUGCGAGAAGUCAUUGUCACUGGUCCUGUUGGUACCCUGACUUCCUCGUUCUAUGGCAUCCUCGACCAGGGCCAGUCCAAGACAGCGGUUAUUGAGAUUGCUGCUGCUGCUGGACUGAGCCUAGUGCCUCGCGACUGCCGCAAUCCAUGUGUUACAACCACAUUCGGCGUCGGGGAACUGAUUGCCUCCGCGCUGGAUGAAGGGGUGCAGCGUAUCAUUGUGGGUUGCGGAGACUCUGGCACCAGUGACGGUGGGGCCGGGAUGCUUCAGGCUCUUGGAGCGCGGCUGAUCGGUGGUGAUGGUGCUGAGAUCCCUUGUGCUGGAGGAGGCCAGUCCCUGAUCCCCCUAGCGAACAUCGAUCUUUCCGGAUUACAUCCUCGUCUGAAGGAAGUCGAGAUCGAGGUUGCCUGUAACUGGAAGAACGUCCUCUGCGGGCCGAACGGAGUGGCGUGUAUAUAUGGUCCGCAGAAAGGCGCAUCUCCCAAAGAGACAGAGGUGUUGGAAGCUGCUUUGGAUAUAUACGCUUCCGUUUGUAAGCGCAUUUUGGGCCGUGACGUGUCUGAGAUGCCCGGCAGUGGAGCGUCCGGCGGGUUGGGCACCGGCUUGCUACUCUUAGGUGCGAUGCUUCGUCCACGAUACGAAGCCAUCAUGGAGUAUUUUAAUCUUGAAGGAUUGUUUGAAGAUUGCGAUCUGGUAUUCACUGCUGAAGGGGGUAUUGACUACCAGACUCCGAGAGGAAAGAUUCCAGCGGAGGUUGCGAUACGGGCAAAGAAGUAUCAGAUCCCGGUCAUUGUGCUGGCCGGUACUAUUGGAGACGAAGCAGAGGUGAAUUAUGAUGUUGGGAUCAAUGCCUAUGCAUCAAUCCUGCAGCGUCCAUCCACUCUGGAAGAGGCUAUUGCGGAGGCUGAACGACUUUUGACGGAGAGUGCAGAGGGAGUGAUGCGUAUGGUGGUCAUUGGCCGCAAGUUGGCUAGAUGGUGA